UAUCCUGUUCCCAAAAUUGUUUUUAACCUGUAUUUAUAAAAUAAUUAAAAAUUAGUUCGAUAAAAAGGGAUAAUAGCUUGAUAAGGCUUUUUCAAAGUAAUUGGUAUGCUUUACUGUGUGAAAUUUGAAAAAUAUUGUUGGAAUUAAGGAACUUGUAGUGUGCAUGAGAGAAAUAUCCUGUAGGGGGAUGCAUUAGGGGUAUCCCUACCCUUUGGGAGUUUUUGAGUAGCUGCAAUAUAGAGAGAAUUUUUGAAGGUAAUUUGAGCCAUGAAAAUGUCAUCCAGUGCAGGAAUGGUGUAGCAGUGAAAUCACAGCUCUGUCCCUUUGGGCACUCUUAAAUAUAACUUUUUUUUAUCUUAUUCUCAAUAUUCAGAGAUUUCUUCAGCAUUUUAUUGAUCUAUUAGCCAAAGAGGAAGAGAAUGUUGGCUUGGAUCUUAAUGAACCACUCUAUAUGCAGCGACUUGAGGAAAUCAAUAUGGUUGGGGAACCGUUUCUAAACGUAAACUGUGACCAUCUGAGAUCUUUUGACACAAAUCUAUACAGACAGCUGAUCUGCUAUCCACAGGUAUCUACAGAGCAGUUCCUAUUCGAGUUAAUCCAAGAGUGAGCAAUGUAAAAUCAGUCUAUUAAAACCCACAUUGAUGUCAUUCAUUACCGUAAAACCGAUUCAAAACGUUUGCAUGGUGUUGAUGAAGAAACUGAGCAGAAAAUGUUUGCGGAGGAACAUGUGGAAAUGCUGAAAGAGCUCUCCAGAAAACCAGAUAUUUAUGAAAGACUUCCUUUGGCUCUGGCUCCAAGCAUUUAUGAACAUGAAGAUAUCAAAAAGAUAAACAAAACUUUUACAAGUCUACCGGAACACCUGACUAGAUAGUAUAAAUGCACAUCUCCAUUUAAAAUAUACACUUUCUUUGGAAAUGAUACUCUAUAUGGAGUCUUUAUAUAACAAAAAACAAAAAAAACAGGCCUUUGUGUAUUUUAAUUUGGAUUUGGUACAUCCCGAAUAAAAUUUGAGUUUUAUUUACAGUAAGUUUCAGUUAUCAGAGGGCCUCAGGAAUCAGAAAACUUUAGAUAAUGCAACAGGGGUUUCAGGUAAUAGGGAAGGAAGCCUUUACCUUCACUCUCCUCUUCUACUGGCUGGCUUUAAGGAAACUGGCCAGCCAGUAAUUCUGCUUUCUUUGGCCAUCUCUCUGCUCUGCAACAGGAUCCAGAUAACUGAGAAAUGCAGUCACAACUAACAAACCUUGGGAAACAUUAUAGACGGUCCACUGAGUGGGGCUCUAAAUCUUUGAUGAUUAUUAUAGUGGGGCAGUAACACCACUAUAGUUCAGGUUGAGAGUAGCUUACUGUUUAAAAGCUUACUGGUUUGUAUGUGCACUCGUGCCCUGGGGUAGCCAAAGAAAUGCUUGUGUAGAUAGCCUUUUAUCGGCUGCCCCAAAUAAGUCCAUCUGUUUUUCAGUACUAUUUGUAUUGUUGUAGAUAAUUGUGCCCAUUCACGGAUUUCUUCAUUUUACUUUGAAUAUUCUACACAGGCACCUCCAUGGAAAGCUAUUCAGUUUGCUUUGGAUGGACUUAUGUUUCCAGUUCUCCGCUCUAAGCAUCCUCCUGUCUGGGAUGUUACUUCUAAAAUUAUUUGGUGUUUUCGCUAAUAAUAUAACAUAUUUGGCAUUGAUCUCAGCUAGAGUCUGGUACACGCUGCCCCUUUGGGGAAACAAUAUUUUAAAUUAUUCAGGGUAAAAAUUGAAUCUAUAAUGUGGUUUGAGCCCAUGCUGGCAAGCCAGAGAAAAGUCAUUUGUGUAUGUGCAGCAGGAAUGGAGCUGUUACAAUCCAGACUGUUCUGCAGCUGCUGCUAUUGGUCUGCUUCCCGAUUGGGUCCCUCGCCUGCAUCUACAGGGCAUUCUGCUUCAGCUGUUGGAUCAAGAAAAGAUUUCAGUCACACCAGAAGAGGCAAUUUUCAUGCCGAGAUCAACAUUUUUCUGUGUGGUGAUCCUGGCACUAGUAAAUCACAGCUGCUUCAAUAUGUCUGUAACCUGGUUCCUUGAGGCCAGUACACAUCUGGGAAGGGCUCUAGUGCAGUAGGCCUCACUGCAUAUGUAAUGAGACCAGAGACAAGGCAGCUGGUUCUGCAGACAGGUACUCUGGUUCUCCGUGAUAAUGGCAUUUGCUGCAUUGAUGAAUUUGAUAAAAUGAAUGAAAGCACAAGAUCAGUACUGCAUGAAGUAAUGGAACAACAGACUCUUUCUAUUGCCAAGGCUGGAAUUAUUUGCCAACUGAAUGCUCGCACCUCUGUCCUAGCAGCCGCUAACCCUAUAGAGUCGCAGUGGAAUCCAAAGAAAACUACUAUUGAAAACAUCCAACUUCCUCAUACGUUGUUAUCCAGAUUUGAUCUGAUCUUUCUAAUGUUGGACCCGCGAGAUGAAGCCUACGACAGACGUCUUGCGCACCACUUGGUUGCGCUGUUCUACCAAAGUGAAGAGCAGGUGGAAGAAGAGUACAUGGACAUAGCAGUAUUGAGGGAUUACAUUGCGUAUGCUCGUAGCUAUGUUAAUCCUAGACUAAGUGAAGAAGCAAGUCAGGCCCUUAUUGAGGCUUAUGUGGACAUGAGAAAGAUUGGCAGUGGUAGAGGAAUGGUUUCUGUAUAUCCCAGACAGCUUGAGUUUUUGAUCCGUCUGGCAGAAGCUCAUGCUAAAGUACGUUUUUCCAACAAAGUUGAUGAUGUUGAAGAAGCAAAAUGCCUCCAUCGGGAAGCUCUGAAACAGUCUGCUACUGAUCCAGGAACUGGCAUUGUGGACAUAUCCAUUCUCACUACAGGGAUAAGUGCCACGGCCCGUAAACAUAAGGAGGAGCUGGCUCAAGCCUUGAAGAAGCUUAUCCAGUCAAAGGGCAAAACACCAGCUCUAAAAUACCAACAGCUUUUUGAUGAUCUCCAUGCACAGUCUGACGCAGCUGUCACUAAAGAAAUGUUUGAAGAAGCACUUCGUGCCUUGGCUGAUGAUGACUUCUUGACUGUUACUGGAAAGACUGUUAGAUAGCAUUUCAUUACAGCAAACUUAACAGCAGAGUUUUACUGUUUUUUUUUUUUUCCACGUACUUCCCUUGAGACCUGAAUCACGUUUAAGAAUAUUAUUCUCCGUAGCAAAAUUCACGAUGGUGACCUGUUGGUGAGCACCACUGUCGGCACUGUAAAUAACUAGAUUCUCUGAAGGACUGCUAAAAGGUUAAAUUAAACACCGCUAUAUUUGUUUCAAUAAAAUGGGUUACUAACAUUUCGUGUAUUUUCAAUAAAGUGCUUGGUAAAACAAGCUCACAAUUUUUAUGCAUUUUAAAGCCCAAAUGUCAAAAUUCAUCUAGAACUACUGCGUUUUGAUAUAAAUGCAAUUUUAAAUCAGUGCAGAUUAUGCUGUAGUAUUUUUACUACAGAGAGAUUAGUGCUUGUGACUUUUGGAAAUUAAAAUCCACUGGUUUUAUUAAUAACUUAUUUGCCUUUCUAUGCAUUUCAAAAAGUGAAGCUAAAUCUUGGUGAACACUUCACCCCAGUGUCCAGCAACUGCAAACAGACUUCAUUUUGUUUUCUAGCAGUUUAAAAGAACCAAGUAACCAUUUUUCCUUUUCCUUCAGAUUACUGCUUCCUCCCAUCAAUGUUUGUAAUUGCUGUUAAAAGAUGUCUUUCUGCUUUCAACUUAAACAUUUACCAUAACAAGCUACAAUGAAGUCCAAGUUUCACAUUAGGUCAUUUUCCUACAGUCAACCCGUAUUGCUGUAAGAUUUAUAAUUCAUAGGACAGUUCAGACUAUCUUCCUGGUCAUUUUCUCUCUUCUGUUGGGGUGGGAAUUUAAAUCAGAGGAUGCAGCAUGUAGGCAUAAGACUAAUACUACAGACAUUUUAUAAAUGUGGAAAAGUGGCCUUUGGCUAUUUAAUUAUGCUCCUCGUCUGCUCUCAGAGCAUAAGGUCAGUUCUCACACUAUUUCAGAUUAUGCACAGCUUCUCUACAUGUAAAUGAGAUCAAGAGCAUUUGAACAUGACAAAAGAAAGUUUCUCUAGAAAACUGAAAACAAGCUAAAGAUGAAUAAAGUUCAAUACAUUAGAAACUGAUCAUUUAAUCCUACUGUAUUGAAUUAGUCAACAUUCAGUACAGUAAAAAAAGUAAGCAAAGUAUUUGAGUGUUCUGUAGUACUAAGUUAUUGGAAAGGGGGUAAAUAGCAAGGAGGACAGAACUUGUAAAUGACAACUGUUAGUCGUCAGUAGCACUUAAGCUAGGCACACAAAAACUAAUGCUGAUAUAUGCCUGGGAAUGUAUGUUAGAAGGAAUAAUGUGAAAUAUUUAUACAGGCUGCUGGGUUCUAAAUUAACCACUAAGAAGAAAGUUGUGGGUGUCUUUAGUUCAAUGAAAAAUUCUGGUCUCCGUGGAGCAGCAGUCAAACUGAACAAGGGGGUAGGCUGCUUAAGGAAUGGAAUAGAAAAUACUACCAAAAAUGUCAACUCAUUGAAGUCAUGGUACACUACAUUUGGAAUACUGAGUUCAGUUCUGGUUCACCCUGUCAAAUAAUACAGCAUACCUAGAGAGGAUUCAGAAAUGAGUGUUACUAACUUAUAGAAUACAUUAUGGCAGAGGCUAAGAGCUUACUAGGAUAAGACACUAAUAU